AAAGGAUCAGAUUACUCGCAGUGAUUGCCCAUCCAUCCAUCCAUCCAUCCAUCCACCCUCACAAGCCAUGUUUUGAAGCUCUCCAAUCUCUUCCACAAUCAACAUUCAACAAUGCCUACAUCCAUGUCCUCGUUUUCUCCGCCACCACUACCAGCCUUCUCUCCCAAAACCCAUUUCACCCCUAAACCCUUACUUUUUCUCAGACCCACAACUUAUUUUCCCUUCCUAUCAGUCUCCAAGGCCUCCACAGACAAUGGGGCUGGAAUUUCUGCCACCGUAGAGGACCCAAAACCUCAGCAGAUGGUUGCUUCUUCUGCGGUGAUUUCGGAUGCUGAUGAGGUCUCUGCGGGGGCGAAUGGGGCAAUGGCUGCAGGAGAAGUGGAGGUGCGGACAUUUGGGGACCCCAGGUGGAUUGGAGGGACAUGGGACCUCAGACAGUUCCAAAAGGAUGGGGAAACUGAUUGGGAUGCUGUUAUUGAUGCUGAGGUUAAGAGGAGAAGGUGGCUUGAGGAUAGUCCAGAAUCAACCCGUAAUGACGAACCUAUCCUCUUCGAUACCUCCAUCAUACCUUGGUGGGCAUGGGUCAAAAGGUUCCAUCUACCAGAAGCUGAAUUACUUAAUGGUCGUGCUGCAAUGGUAGGUUUUUUCAUGGCAUAUCUGGUUGAUAGUUUGACAGGGGUUGGUCUGGUCGAUCAAAUGGGUAACUUUUUCUGCAAGACUCUUUUGUUUGUAGCUGUGGUGGGAGUACUUCUAAUCAGAAAGAAUGAGGAUUUAGAUAAACUGAAAAAGCUGGUUGAAGAGACAACCUUUUAUGAUAAGCAAUGGCAGGCAACCUGGAAGGAUGAAACCUCUACCAGUUCCAAGAAAGAGUAGUCAAAUUGAGUAGACUCAAUAUAUUAUCAUAAGUUCCUUCAGUUUGUUAUUUCCAUUUUCUGGUGCUCUAUUACCUUGGUGCCCUGUUCUAGUUGGGAAUCCUGUAAUCGAUAUCUCUUAUCAUAAAUUGUAAUGAAGGUUUAGUAUUCAUGUUGUUGAGUAUAUCUAUCUAGGUUUGUAAUGUAGGUAAAGUAUUUGCUCAUGUACUCCGCAUUGUCGUCGAGCUCAAGAACUUGGUGAAUUGACUAUUUUCUGUUUACCCCCUUGCAAGUUUGAU